CAAGCUUUUGUCAUUCCCUACUAUCCAUUUAUAGCACAUUACCAUGAGCCAAAGUUCUCCUUCUAAUGCAGAGACUGAUGAAGAUCUCUCGACUACGUCCUCUCUGUCUUCGUUUGUUCCCAUUGAACAGCACCAGAUCCAGGAUGCCAUCCAGGUAAUUGACGAAAAUAAGGAAUUCAACAAAAACAUCUUGCCAUAUGUAGUUAAAACGACUCCAAUCUCAUCUGUAGGCAACAAUUACCAUAUAAUUUCCGUUUUUGGCUCGCAAUCCACGGGAAAAUCAACAUUGUUGAACAGAUUGUUCAAUACCAACUUCGAUGUCAUGGACGAGUCCAGACGUCAACAGACCACUAAGGGUAUCUGGAUGGCUCAUUCGCCUCAAGUUUCCACCACGAAACAGAUGGAUACCCAUCAAGAAAACAUUUUUGUCAUGGAUGUAGAAGGAACUGAUGGUAGAGAGCGUGGCGAGGAUCAAGACUUUGAACGUAAAGCUGCUCUUUUCGCCUUGGCGACUUCUGAAAUAUUAAUCGUGAACAUAUGGGAAACCCAGAUUGGAUUGUAUCAGGGUGCUAAUAUGGGUUUGUUGAAGACAGUGUUUGAGGUGAACUUGACGUUAUUUGGCAAGUCCAAGUUGGAGAAAAACGACCACAAGGUCUUGUUGCUCAUCGUGAUAAGAGAUCAUGUGGGCCUUACUCCUAAGGAAAAUUUGUCCAGCACCAUUACCCAGGACUUGUUGAAGAUUUGGGAGAGUUUGAAUAAACCGGCAGAGUUGGCCCAUUUGCAAUUUGAAGAUUUCUUCGACACUGAUUUCCACACUUUACGCCAUAAGGUCUUGCAGCCCAAGGAGUUCUUAGAAGAUGUCAACGAGUUGGGUGAUAGGUUGGUGGUCAAGAAGGACUUGUUCAGGCCAAAUUACCACCACAACAUCCCUAUUGAUGGCUGGACUAUGUAUGCUGAAAACUGUUGGCAGCAGAUCGACAGCAACAAGGAUCUCGACUUGCCUACUCAGCAAAUCUUAGUGGCCAAAUUUAAGUGCGACGAAAUUUCUGCAUCAGUGUAUGAAGAAUUCCACCAAAAGUUUAAGGCCAUUCUGUCGGCUAAUACUCCUGGUAUUUCAACUCUUGACUAUCAAGAUUUGGGAUUAUUGCUUGUAGAUUUGCGUAGCGAUACUCUCGAGAAUUACGACUUAUCAGCUUCCAGAUACACCAAGUCCGUUUACGAGCAGAGGAAGGACUUGUUGAAAGAGAAGUUGAAUGAGAAAUUCCGUGAAUUUUUCGAUGCUCAUAUCAAGCACUUGAGUGAAAAGAGCGUCAAGGAAUUCGAGACCAAUAUAGUAGGCUUAAAGGGCAAGAAUUUCGAUAAAGAGGCCACGAGAUUAACUAGAGAAACUACUGAUUACUUUAUUAACAGCGCUAUUCUUCUCUCAUUAGAAAACGAACUCGAUUAUGACGUCCAUGUCUCCAACUUACAAGAUCAGUUAACGAAAUUGAUUCAACAACAACAAUUAGUGGAAUUGAAGAAUAUCGUCAACAAAUCCAUCAAGAAACUUUCCAGCGGCUUGACAAAGGCUGUUCUGUUUGAAUUGGCUGACCCAACAGAAACUUCUUGGAAUAAUAUAUUAUCUAAGUUUAAGGAGUUUGUCCUCGAUUUCUUGUCCAAGAAUGAACUUGAAGAAGAGGCCGGUACAUAUGAUUUUGGUUUGGGAACCAACAGAGCUCAAAAUAAAGAAGCUGUCGAGACUUUCAAGUUCAAGUCAUGGAAUGCAUUCUAUGAAAUUAUCCAUAAGAUCAUCUCCAAGGACAACCUCUUGACAUUAUUGAAAGAUAGAUUUGACGACAAGUUCAGGUACGACGAGAAUGGAUUACCAAGAAUGUACCAGAAUACCGUCGAGUUAGAGACAAAUUUUGGAAUUUCCAAACUGUUUGCAUUGAGGAUCGUUCCAUUGUUGACUAUUGCUAAAUUGAAUGACAAUUCGGAAAUCUUACCUGACUACGAUAUUUUUGAUUCAAAACUUAGAGCAAAGUAUCUUGGUCUAGUCGAGAACGAACAUGACAGUGAAGAUGAAGAAGAUGAAGAGGACAGAUGUUUUGCAGAAAUCAUUUCUGAAAGUGAAAAAGCAGAAGUGUUGAACAAAUUCAAGAAGGAAACUGACGCUAGGUUCAUUGAAACCAAGAGAUCGAUUGUACAACAUGUUACGCAAAUUCCCUACUACAUCUACUUAGUCAUCAUGGUGUUAGGUUGGAAUGAGUUUAUGGCGAUCGUCAGAAACCCAUUAUUUUUCUCAUUGGUGUUGGUAUUUGGAGCAGGGUUAUACAUCUUGUACAGCAUGAACCUUUUAAAACCAGCCAUGGUUGUAGUACAACGUCUCAUCGAUGAGAUCAUCGCCAUGGCCAAAGAGAAGAUGAGAGAAUUUCUAAUUGAUGAUCAUCCAACUCAAGCUCACAAUCUUCAGAAGAUUAGCGCUUCUAAUAGAGAGAAGGUCGAGGAAGAAAAGGUGGUAGAAACCAUUGAAAUGCAAGACUUAUAGUGUUAGAAUGUAGUACAUAAUAUUUAAUUUAUAAUAUAGAUGACACCCCACCUCAUAAA